AUGAAUAAUAAAUCAUCCAAUUCUAUUUAUAAUUCACUUUAUACUACUGCAAGUAAAAAUCCUAGUCUAUUUAGGUUUAUAAUAUACUUCAUUUCAUUGUUGAUACGAUUGUUAUUAAUCGCAUAUUCAAUGUACCAUAACAUAAAGUUUGAUCUUAAGUAUUCUGACGUCGACUACCUUGUUUACUCGGAUUCUACAAAAUACAUACUUUCUGGACAAUCUCCAUAUCUAAGGCACACAUACAGAUACACGCCAAUAUUGUCAUUUUUAAUGGUCUUUAACGAAUUGUGGUUUCAUGACUUCGGUAAAAUUCUUUUCACAAUUUCAGACCUAUUGGUUGGAUAUAUCAUUGAAAAAUGCUUAUGGUCUUAUCCGAAGAUAGAUAGAAUCAUUCUUGCUUCAAUUUGGCUUCUUAACCCAUUUUCUAUCGGAAUAUCCUCAAGAGGCAAUGCGGAUACACUUAUUUGCCUUCUUGUAUUACUUUCUCUAUGGCUAAUAAUGAAACGAUGGAUAUUACUUUCGUCAAUAUUGUUUGGAAUUUCAGUUCAUUUUAAAAUAUACCCUGUAAUAUACACACUACCCUUUAUCUUAUACAUUUAUAAUGAAGGAGCCGUUCAGAAGUUUAAAUUGGCACUUUCAAACAAAAUUAAAUUCAUAUUUAAAAUUCCGUUUUUGCUACUUUCAAACAUCAACAGGAACCACAUUAAAUUUGGGUUUUUUAGCUUCUUAACGUUCUCAGUUCUGACAUAUUUGACAUAUUACUACUAUGGCUUCAACUCCAUUUAUGAGACGUACCUGCAUCAGUAUAUUCGAAAAGACCACAGACACAACUUUUCUUUGUAUUUCAAUACCAUGUACUAUAUUGUCGAUACACACACAAAUAUGAACUCGAUUUUAUCUUUCGUUCCACAACUAUUAUGUGUGUUUAUUUUUUCAAUCGUUUCGUUCGACGACUUGCCUUUAUCCCUAUUUUUAAUGACAGUUUCAUUUGUUGCUUUAAACAAGGUUAUGACAUCUCAGUACUUCCUCUGGUGGAUGGCCCUGUUACCACUAGUGAUUAAGAAUUUAGGAUCGAACAUCAAGUAUUAUAAAAACUUUCUACUCUCAAUGGUCUCUCUACUGAUAUUUAAGUUUUUAUGGCUAUUUUGGGGAUAUAGACUAGAGUUUUUAGGAUACAAUAGUUUCAACGAGAUGUUGUUUUCUUCAUCCUUUCUCGUUAUAUCACACAUGUUGGUUUUAUGGACACUGAUUUACGAGUCAUACACCAAUAAAAUCGUGUCAACAUAA